AUGCGUGUGUUUUCGGCCCUCAUGCUGCUUCUCGUGCUGCGGCCGGCUGAGCUCCGCAGACGCUCACGGUCAGGUGAAGGAGAGGCUGGGGGCGGGGUCCGAGGCCGAGGCAGAGCAGCCAUCAAUAGACGGCAGACUCAGCAUUCCCAGUGUAAAGAAUACGAGGAGGCCGAAGAGAAGUACCUGGACUGUCAGGACCGACAGCUCACCACAGUCAUGCAGGACUGGCCCACAGACAUACACCACCUCCUGCUGGCCCGCAACAAAAUUCAGAUUCUGCGGGACAACAUGUUCUCCCAGUUCACGCAGCUCAAGAGUCUAGACCUGCAGCAGAACGUCAUCUCGAUGGUAGAGGAGCGAGCCUUCAGCGGCCUGUCCAGACUCACCACACUGCUGCUGCAACACAACAGCCUCACAACAGCCUCAGAGGAAGUCCUGCUCCCACUGAGCCGCCUCACCUACCUCCGUAUCUACGACAACCCGUGGCACUGUCAAUGCUCCCUGGACAGCCUCAUCAGGACCAUACAGGUGCCCAGCAACCGUUACCUGGGAAAUUACGCCAAGUGUGCGGAACCGCUGUCGCUGAAGGGGCAGAAGCUGAAGGACGUGGGUGUGGAUUUGCUGUGCGCGGAUAGUAAACCGGGCGGAGGUGGACAGGGCGGACAGGGAGGCGGGGGGGGGAGGCUGAAACCUACAAGCCGGCCCAAAAUGGAUGCUACGUCCAUGUGCCAUACGUAUCUGUUCCCCAGGCCGAUGCUGGACUGCAGUAACAAAGACCUGAAGAGCGUCCCAUCUGGCCUGCACUCCGACAUUGUAAAGAUGGAUCUGUCCGGGAACACCAUCAGAAGCCUCCGGCCCAAACAGUUCCUCCUUUCCAAAGACCUCAAGCAGCUAAACCUCAGCAGCAACAGCCUGCACAAGAUCGACACAGCCUCCUUCUCUGGUCUGCUGUACCUCCGCGAGCUGGACCUGUCCAACAACAGCCUGCAGUAUUUCCACUACGGCGUUCUGGAGGACCUGUACUUCCUCCGAAAACUCUCCCUGGACCGGAACCCCUGGAUGUGCGACUACAACAUCCACUACCUGAUGUACUGGCUCAAGCAUCAUCCUGGUGUGUCCUACUCGGGCCUGGUGUGCUCCGAGCCCGCCGAGUUCAGGGGCUGGAGAGUGGAGGAUUAUGUCAAGACCUACAACGGGGAAUGCCCCAAAGACAAGCAGACGGAUUUGGAGAUCAGCCCCGGCGGGCAGGGGGGGGAGAACGAGGCGCAAGAGGUGGUGGGAGAGACGGAGGGGGGAGGCGCCUUACCACAGCCCAUCCAGAAGAAGCCGAACAGGAUAGAAAUUAUUCGAUUGAAUUAG